CUAUUCGUUUCGCGUCUUACUUUUUUGUUUCAACGGGCGACGAUUUUCGAAACCAAAAGAGAACUCUUUUGUUUCUGAAGAAGGAACGGUGGUUCCUUCGGUGUUGAACUAAAUUUCAUCGCUUCCUUCAGCUCCACUUCGAUUCCCGCCACUUCCUUCCCAGCAUAGGAAUUGAAUUUUGGAGAUGGUUCUAGGAGUAGAUGGAAGAGGCGAAACAAGAAGAGUGUUGUCUUGAAAAUAAACAAUCUACUGCUGCUACGAGUUCCUCUGUUUCUGAAGGUAGUGGCAGCGCAACUGCCAAGUCUCCUUGGAUGUGUAGUCCAGCAUCAACAUCUCCUUCUCAUAGGAGGACCAGUGGCCCCAUUCGUCGAGCUAAGGGUGGCUGGACUCCUCAAGAGGAUGAGACAUUGAGAAAUGCCGUUGCAGCCUUCAAAGGGAAGAAUUGGAAGAAAAUAGCUGAGUACUUCCAUGAUAGAUCAGAAGUUCAGUGUCUGCAUAGAUGGCAGAAGGUUCUCAAUCCAGAUCUUGUUAAGGGACCAUGGACUCAGGAGGAAGAUGAUAAAAUUAUUGAACUGGUUUCGAAGUAUGGCCCUACCAAAUGGUCUUUGAUAGCAAAGUCUUUACCUGGUCGCAUAGGGAAACAAUGCCGAGAAAGGUGGCAUAAUCAUUUGAAUCCAGAUAUAAAGAAGGAUGCUUGGACAUUAGAAGAGGAAUUGGCUCUCAUGGAUGCACAUCGGUUACAUGGGAACAAAUGGGCUGAAAUAGCCAGGGUUUUACCUGGAAGGACCGACAAUGCGAUAAAAAAUCAUUGGAAUAGUUCCUUGAAGAAAAAGCUAGAUUUUUAUUUGGCAACUGGUAAGCUUCCACCAGUUGCAAAAAAUAGUUCCCAGAAUGGUGCUAGAGACACUACUAAGACUCCACCUACCAAAAGGUUUCCUCCUUACUCAAGUAAGGGAUCGGAUUCAACUGCCCAAACAUCAUCAGGUAACACAGACUUGUACAAACUGGACGAAAGCUGUAAGGACCAGAUUGAGUCGUCAGCACCUCCUGAUGAAGAUAUGAUUGCCUCAACAAGUGGGGUUCUGAAUGAGUCCGCUGAUUCUAGACAUGUCAAACGCUGGGCAGGACCUUCAAAUAUCAUGGAUCCAAGAUGCAGGAAAUCUGGGACAUCAAGAAAGAAUGGGACUAUAACCCACGGUGAAGCAGAGAAUGAAAUUGGCAAAUUUGAUGAAGAUAAAAUUCUACGAACGCCUUCAAGAUUUGAAUCCCCAAAGUAUGGUUCUUUGUACUACGAGCCACCCCAAUUAGAAAGUAGUAUUCCAGUAGAUUCAGAACUUUUAAGCAUGUACAUGCUCGAGACAAAUAAUAGUUCAAUCACUUCGCCUAUUGGUAUCUUCACUCCCCCUUGUGUGAAGACUAGAAACUUGAGUAUACACAGUCCAGAGUCAAUAUUGAGAAUUGCGGCUAGAAGUUUCCCCAGCACUCCCUCAAUAUUACGCAAAAGAAAAACUGAAACUCAAGCUUGUCUCCCUCCUAAGGUGAUGCAAGACGUGGAAUCAGAAGCAACAGUCAAGGACAUCUCCCGUGAAGCUGGUCACGAUGAAACACUUAAUAAUAGUGACAGCAGAUUGGGUUCACCAAAUGGAAGCUUAUGUGACAGUCCUAGUCCUAGUAAUGAUCAUAGCCCCAGCAGAUCAAACAGCAAGGCUUUCAAUGCAUCUCCUCCAUACCGGUUAACAUCCAAGCGGACAGCUAUUUCAAGAUCUGUGGAAAAACAACUUGAGUUUGCAUUUGACAAGGAGAAGAACAACCAUACUAUCAAGUCACUAGAAUCAGAUGAGAUCUCCACCAGAUAAAGGAGUCUUUAGCAAGGACAAUAAAAUGGCAAAGGCUGAACUCCUGGGCGAUGGAAUGCCCCACACCAACAAAUUUAUAUUGAGAAAAUUGCUGUCCAUAUCUUGAGUGUUUCUUGAAGCAGCAACUGCUAUCGAUAUUCGAUGAAACGAUGAUUCACUUAGAUCCUUCGUACAUAUAAUUUUUUGAACUUAUUUUGUUUUAAAAUUGCAGAUAGGCCUAACGUUUUCCCUUCUUAGUAUAUCCACGAAUACAUGUUUCAUUAUACACUGACAAGAUUCGAAUAUUUAGAAUUCUGAUAUUAUGAAAUAAAAUUUGAUUUUUCUAA